AUGGACGCUGUGCCCACCACCUCGUCCAUCCCGGCCCCGCUCGCUCGCCUCUACGCCAAGUUCCCGCUGUACGAGGUCCCCGCCUCACAGGGCACAACCCCACCCCCUGUGCGCCCAACCCUGUGGGCCUACGGGCCCCCUCCCGCCGGCCACCGCGAGUCGCUCGACCCGCUGUGCCGCGCCGCGCAGGCCUUUGCCCGCUUCUCGCUCGCCGACGGUGCGGCCGACGUCAGGUGGAUGGACUGGCAGGGGCAGGAGGGCGCGCCGGGAGGGACGCUCCCCGCGCUGCACACGCCCGAGGGGGACUUGGUCGUCGGCGACGAGGUGAGCGCAUGGGUCGCGGCGCAGGGUGCGGCUCCUCUUCCGGCAAAGGGCAAGAAGGGCAGCGCCGACGCGCCUGCCCCCUCGGACCCCUCCCAUCAAGCCUUCCUCGCCCUCGUCCUCUCGACCCUCCUCCCCGCCCUCCUCUCGUCCCUGUACCUCUCUCCCCCCUCGCUCGUCCCACCCGUCGUCCCUUCCCGCCAGCGUCCCGUCCUCGCCGCCGUCGCACACCGGUACCUGAGCUGGAACGACCGCGCGACCCGGAUCGACCAGAUCAAGCGCCUGAGGGGCGGCAAGCUAGGCAAGGCGGCCGUGCUCGACUUGGAGGAGGUCGAGCGCGAGGCGAGGGACACGAUCGAGGCCCUCGAGGUCAAGCUUGGCGACGAGGACCCGAACGGGUGGUUCGGCGGCGCGAGCUCCCCGACCCGCCUCGACGCCCUCGUAUACGCCCUCCUGAGCAUCGCGAGCGUCCUCCCGCCGUCGUGCGACAAGGUGCUGCGCCCGACGCUCGAGCGCUGCCCGAGGUUGCUCGCGUGGGUCAAGGCGCACGGCCCGUAG